GGAGGAAUGAGAUGCAACAGAAGGAGCAAAGGCACAGACGAGGCUAUACCGACGCAACUUUCCCACAAAACCAACACUGUUAAAGAUGCUCUCCACGCGCAUUCACUGCGCUCUUGCGCUCGUGUCCUUCGCGCUCGCCAUCAGCAGCAUCUCUGCGGCACCGACAGAUGCCAAACUCCGCCAACUUCUACAAAGAUCUCUCCUCAACCCGGCCGGAAAACAGGAACUCGCCAGAUACACGCUCGCAGACUUGCUCUCGGAGCUCGUGCAAGCAGAAAACGAAGCUCUCGAACCGGAGGAUCUCUCUCGUGCUGUGGAGAAAGAUGAAGUGCGCCUUGAGCUGGAGCGCGCCGCGGGUCCCAUGCUCGCACCACGCGAGCGCAAAGCCGGAUGCAAGAAUUUCUUCUGGAAAACUUUCACGUCGUGUUAAUUACGCACCGCAAGCGUUUGGUUUUGAGUGCUUAUUUUUUUACUCAUUCACCUUUCUUUUCUUCUUUAAUUCCUUAUCACAUUCAAACUGUAUAUAAAAAAUAAAAGCUGUUAUAUUUGUCGUCUAACAACGAUCAUAGCUCUCAUUUUUUCUUUUGAUGUGUCCAAAGAAAGAUCGAGUGUUGUACGAAUGUGGGCAAAUCUGCUUUUAACUGUACUGUACGUAUCACUAUUUUUAAUUGUUUGUUUGAAUAAAAUCUAUGUUUCGGAA